AUGGCCAGCGCAAUAAUGGAGACUAUCCAUGAGGAAAUCAAGAAAUUCCAAGCUGUUGUCAAAGAUGUCGCCAAAACAGGCACCUGGCUUUAUCCUUUCAAGGGUCUAAUCUAUCUCUCCUAUCACCAAUCCCUCUGGCGUCCCUUCCUCUCCCGCACCUGGCAAACAAUCACUCUCGGCAUCGGUAUCACAGCCGGCAUGUUCUUCUUCACCUACAUCCCACAAGCUACCAUCCUCACUCUCACCAGCGGACCCUUUGGUCCGAUCUCCGCCAUUCUCCUCAUCAUCAGCGAAAGCGCCACCCUGACCACUUCUGUCGCACGGAUGUUUUCCCUCCGUGAUGCCCUAACCGAUACCUUCGACGCCACGCUCGUCACCCGCGGCAUGGAGCCCCUCGUGUCUGAAGGACGACAUGUCCUACCCGCCAGCACUGGAAGGGACGCCGUCGCCCGACUCGGGAAGAUGUUGAAACAGCCGUUAGAGAGAUUGAAUCCCCGCGCGGUGCUCAGGUCGUUCCUCCUCUUGCCGUUGAAUCUGAUCCCCGUCGUUGGAACGCUCAUUUGA